AUGUACUUCAAGAAUCACACAGCGUCCGUCUUGAUGGGACCACUGAUCUUAUCAGCACUUCCUCAACUACGCAUAGACUUAGAACAGCUCUCCAUGAUUGAUGGCGAUCCUUUCCCCAUGUAUGCCGCACUCACCGCAAAUACAGCUCGACCAUUGAAGGUCCCACCCACCAUGCUUGGAUCUGAAUUUCAUACUCUUUACACAGGCCAGAACCUCCGAUGGGAGACGCUUGGACUGAUACUGGCUUUGGCUGGAUCCAAUGCACAGUUUACUUCUCCAGACGACCCUCUCUUUACAUUGGAAGACGGCCGCAAGAUCAACAAAGACGAGUUCAUAGAGGAUAUGAUUCACGCAAGCUACGACUGUAUCAGCCUGUGCCAGGUACAUGGGGCUGUUAAUGACGUUAUGAUAUGGCUUCUCUACAGCAACAUGCUUGUUAUGAGCAAUUUCUAUGGUGACAAUUAUCAUGGCGUAUGGCGCGGAAUGGGUGACUCUGUCAGCGCAGUGUAUGCAGAGGGUAUUCAUUGUGAAGAAGGGCCUGAGCCGUUCUUUCUCCGCGAGUGCCGAAGGCGAUUAUACGCCGCAGCUUACAAGAGUGACAAACAGCUAGCUACCUUCUUUGGACGCCCACCGAUGAUGGCCUCCAUGUACUCCAAUCGCAAGAUGCCUCUUGAUUUAGAUGACGGCGUGGCGUGUUCCUCUGAUCCGGAAGUCUUGAAUACGGCGCUUGCAAGGCUUGAUCCAGAGGGUUGGAAUACUCAGGGCCAGAUCUGCUCCGCCUCUUGGAUAAGGCUUCGGUUUCAGAACUCUGUCUCCAAAGAGCGAAUACUGCAAUUGUCGCUUGCUGGAAAGACAGAUGGUGAUGUGAUACAGAAGAUCCAGGCAAUAUCAACAGAAUGCCAACAGACCUGGCAGUCUCUACCGCCACACCUUCGUUACGACACCUAUGAUGAAGACCUUAUGUGGACCGAAGUCGAUCCAGCGAUAUCCAUCCGUAUGAUCAGUGCAUACUUGGAAUAUCUGCAGAAUGAGUUCCAAGUACAGCGCAUCCUUCGCCGACACACACCAGCAGCCAAACCCGCGCUCUUAGACAUCUCGAUGAAGCUACUAUCAACAGUUCUCGUUUUCAACAAACAUCGGAAACAAGAAUAUGGUGUUCAGCGUCACGUUCCUACUAUUAUACUUUUCUAUUGCUUGCCGAGUGCAGGCAUCUUGGCUUUAGAACUCAGGAGAUGCACACUCGAGAAUGCACCAUUACCGGGGGACCUCAAGAGGGCGGAUAUAAUACGUAAUCUUUCCGUCUUGAUAUCUUGUUUAGAAUGGGUGAUCCUGCCCGGUGAUGGGAAUCACAGACUCUGCAGCGAGCUAAAUAAGAUGUUGGCAUACAUAUUAGACGAAGUUCUCAACCAUCAACCUACAGCGAACACAAAUUCAGACGCAGGCACAGAUAGCGGUUCCGGAAUACCGGCUGUAGGAGGCGGAUUUUUCGAUAUUCCUCUUGUGGAUGGUAUGGAGCCCAUACCGACUGAAAGCGAGGAUUUUCUGAAUUGGCUUGAUAACGCCAAUUGGAAUAAUACCGUGAGUGCUACUUGGGAUGGCUGGAAGUGGUAG